AUCUACCUUCUAUUCGCAGUCCCACACUUGCCACUUCUGCGUAUACUAGUGCUGGCGGUACCAUUUGGCAACGUUCGAAAUUCAAUAUCACCUAGGGUGGAAUGGAUAAACUCAUCACGAAGCGCAUACACAUCUCCGGCUUGACCCCAGCCAUCACCGCAAAAGACCUGUCCGACCGUCUCGCGUCCUUCGGCACAGUCAAGGCAAUCGAUGGAUUCGGCGCACUCGACGCACUGGGUCAGCCUCGCAAGUUUGCGUACGCGACGUUGGAGACGACGAAAGGGAAGUUGGCCCGAUGCAUGAAUCUCCUUAGUGGUGUGACAUGGAAGGGCGCAAAACUGCGCCUGGGAGAGGCGAAGCCUGACUACCGUGAAAGAAUUGCUCAAGAGCAAGCUGAGCUCAAGCGUGCCGCAGAGGAGGCGGAUGGUGAGCCUCCAAACAAGCGUCGUUGCCUGCGCGGAGUUCAGGGUGUCCACGCGCGCGACAUGUCCCUCGUCACCCCGGAGAAUGUCGCCACCCGCGGAGGAUGGCGCGUCACCCCGACGGGGCGCCUUAUCCGUCCGAUGCGCAUGCGCCCUUUGCAUCCCCUACCCGAGCCCACCGUAGCCGCGCGGCCGUCGGCGGAGUCAAAGGACAAGGGGAAGGGCAAAGUAGACAAGGUGAAAAUCAAGAAGCGAGUGCGGGAUCCCCCGACCCGCGCACGGAGGAAGACGAUCGACCCUACUAAGUAUGGCUCCCAGCACCUCAAAGGCAUCUUCUUAGAGAAUGCUGCCGCAUUCAUCCCGUCAGCGCCGCCUCGUGCGAGCGUCGCCUCCACAAGCCGUGCGGAUGUCAGCGAACGCAUGACGGACUCGAGCUCAGAAACCGAGGGCGAAGACGUUCCUGAGGACGUCGCGUCUUCGGAUGACUCAGAGGAGAACGAGGUCCCUUCUGUUCCUGCUCCCCAGGUCCCUGUAUCCCAUGCCGUUACUCCUUCUCAAGCGAAGGUUCAGGUUGUCCCCUCAAUACCAAUCGCGCAGUCCCCAGCUGCAGGCCAUGAUCUAGUCGAGGAAAACAAGCAAUCGCUGAACCUGUUGCAAUCCCUGUUUGGUGAUGCGGACCACUGGGGUGGUGCAGAGAGCUUGGACUCUGACAUCGAGGUUGAGGACGAGCGUUCCGGUCCUGCACCCACGACAAAAGAAUUGGACCCCAUCUCGGUGCCUGUUACGGACUCAGAUACGGCUAUGGAGGUCGAAGAGACUUCAGAGGAAAGUAUUGCUCCCGCUGCAAAGGUGGUCCCCCAACAAGCAGGUGCUGCCCAAAAGACCAAGCUCAAGGACUUGUUCGCUCCACGCGAAGAAGAGGCUGGCUUCUCCCUUCUCGAUCAUCUCGAUCUGGACCUGGAACUCGAGGACGACCUGCCGUUUGACGUUCCCGCUCCCGCACCCAGCGCUGCGCCCGUGCAGCCCCUGGCUGCCAUCCAGCCGCCGGCUAACCAUGUAUUUCACACGACUACCCUCGACACUUCGCGACCGUUUUUCUUCCCAGUCGACCACGGCGGCGGUAAGCGUAAUGUCCAUGACCCCACGAACUGGAGGACCUGGUUCUACCGGACAGACACGCCCGAGGCGAUCCGCGCACGGUGGGAGGAGGCCAAGGGCGAGCUUACUGCGGGUUGGAAACGACGUCAUCGGGAGGCUAUCAAGAGCAGGCGGAGGAGGGGUGGAGGAAACGGGGGCGACGCGGAUUGAUUUGACCCGCUUAUCACUGCUAUCAUGCUGCUGCUAGCGCUAUGUAUGUCUGAGCUCCGAGAUGGAACACUAUUCUUUUGCAUUUACUGUACCUAUUGGCA